AUGAAUUUCCCAUGUCACAUGGUGCCAUACCACCGGAACACCCAAUUUGCUGGCCGAUCAAUAGAAUUGAAAACUUUAGAAAUUGGCCUUGACCCUGGCGUUACCAAGGGCUACUUGAAAACCAUCGCUAUUUGCGGUAUGGGUGGUAUAGGAAAAACACAGCUUGCUUUGGAGUAUGUCUAUCAUACCAAAAGCCUGUAUGACGCUGUCAUAUGGGUAUCAGCAUCAUCAGAGAGAGACUUCGUCGGGGGCCUAGAGAGUUUUGAGACAAUUUCAGGGUUGCAAACGGCAGAAGGUGAGGAACAUCUGGAUACGCUCAGCCAGAGGGUAAAGAACUGGCUAAGUGCAACAAGGAAGAAGUUUCUCCUUGUGCUAGAUGAUGUUAACAACAGUGAACUCAUCGAAGAACUUUGGCCAUCUAGUCCUCAAGGGUCCAUUAUCAUUAAUUCUCGAUCAGCUUCCAUUACCUCGAAGUGGACAACGGAAGUGAUAUAUCUUCAAUGUUUUGAUGUCCAUGGACAGUUGCAUAUAAUGUUCUCAUUGAUCGGUAAGCACCUUGAAAGUGAGGCAGAUGUCGUAGCUGCAAAGACACUCCUCCAAGGCAUUGGUGGCCUACCCCUUGCAUUAGUGCAAAUUGGUCAACACAUGGAUCGCCACAAUUAUACCUACGAGCAACUCCUGCCAAUCUACGGCAGAUCAGCCCAGAAGAUAUUUAACAGAGCCAGGCCACCAGGACAAUAUAAGUAUACCGUGGAUACGGCGUGGGAAAAAUCAUUUCUGAAUUUGACGGACGAAUCGAAAAGCUUGUUGAAUAUCCUUUCAUUUUUUGGCCGUAAUCCCAUUCCCAGGUCCGUGCUCGCUAUCAAGAAAGCUGGAAUCACCAAUGUUUGUUUAGGUUUCCUGGAUGAUGAAUUUGAGUAA